AUGGGAAAGAAAGAUCCCGAAGCCGAGGCGAUGGCCAACCAUGUCUCUGGACAGUCCAACAAGCCCAUGUCUCGGCCGGCACACGCUAUGGCUACCGAGCAAGUUGUGCAGGAGCUCAGGGCCAAUCCUGACGAUGGCUUGAGCCCCGAGGACGCCAAGACUCGCCUUGAAGAGUAUGGCCGCAACGAAUUCGGUGCCGAUAAGGGCGUUCAGCCGGUCAAGAUCUUUAUUGGACAGAUUGCUAAUGCCAUGACCUUGGUCCUGAUCCUGGCUAUGGGUGCUUCUUUUGGUAUCAAGUCUUGGAUUGAAGGAGGUGUCGUUGCAGGCGUUAUCUUUCUCAACAUCACUGUCGGCUUCCAUCAAGAGUUCAAGGCUGCCAAGACGAUGGAUUCUCUUCGAUCACUUAGCUCGCCCACUGCUCAGGCCGUACGCGAAGGCCGGAACAUUACCGUCCCCACCGUCGAGAUCGUCCCUGGCGACAUGGUCGAGCUCAAGACCGGUGACACCAUUCCCGCCGAUGUUCGCAUCAUUGAGGCCGUCAACUUCGAAACAAAUGAAGCCUUGCUCACGGGAGAGUCUCUCCCCAUCCGCAAGGAGGCUGCUCAGACUUUUGACGACGAGACGGGACCUGGUGACCGCCUGAACGUCGCCUAUAGCUCUUCAACCGUCACAAAGGGACGUGCCCGUGGCAUCGUCUUUGCUACUGGUAUGUAUACCGAGAUUGGCCAGAUUGCUGCCGCCCUUCGGGGCAAGAACUCCCGCCGCCGAGAGGUCAAGCGUAAGGAGGAUGGCUCCGCCACUUUUGCUCGCUACCUUCAGGCAUGGACCUUGACUCUCUCUGAUGCUGUCGGCCAUUUCUUGGGCAUCAAUGUUGGAACGCCUCUACAAAGAAAGCUGUCCAAGCUGGCCAUCCUCCUCUUCGGCACUGCUGUUGUUUGCGCCCUGAUUGUUUUGGGAGCAAACGAGUUCAACACCACGCAGGAAGUAGUCAUUUACGCCGUUGCUACUGGCCUUGCCAUGAUUCCUGCCUCACUGGUUGUCGUCUUGACUAUUACCAUGGCUGCUGGCACGAAGCGUAUGGUCCAGCGCCACGUUAUUGUUCGGCAGUUGAAGAGCUUGGAAGCUCUCGGUGGUGUCACGAAUAUUUGCUCUGACAAGACGGGCACUCUCACCCAAGGCAAGAUGGCAGUUCGCAAGGCCUGGAUUCCAGGCAAGGGCACCUUCUCUGUCAGCAACACGAAUGAGCCCUUCAAUCCUACGGUCGGAGAUCUUGGCCACAGCUCCGAUCAGCCCAAGGACAUCAACUUCAGCACCAAGGAAGGUGACGGUGAGCCGUUCUCCAACUCUGACGCCGAGGCCCGUGUCAAGGAAAGCACCGUUCUCACAGACUACUUCAAUGUCGCAUCCCUUGCCAACUUGGCCAAUGUCCACAAGACCCCCGAGGGAGAGUGGCACGCCCGUGGUGACCCCACCGAGAUUGCCAUCCAGGUUUUCGCAUCUCGCUUCCACUGGAACAGACUGCGUCUCGCUGGCGAGUCAAAUCGCUGGAAUCAGAUUGCAGAGUUCCCCUUUGAUUCCGAUGUCAAGAAGAUGUCGGUAAUCUUCGAGGACACCGAGACCAUGGCAGCGUCGGGGAACAAGACCUGGCUCUUUACCAAAGGUGCCGUCGAGCGUGUCAUCUCUUCUUGCCCUACCAUUCAAAUGGGUGACGACGUCGUCGAGCUUACCAAUGACAUUGAGCAAGACAUUCUGUCCAAUAUGGAGGCCCUUGCCCGCCUCGGACUCCGUGUCUUGGCGUUUGCGAGCAAGUCCGACAUUGGUGCCGUUGACAACCAUGAGAACCUCGAUCGCGUCAAUUUUGAAAAGGACCUGACUUUCCGCGGCCUGAUCGGUCUUUACGACCCUCCCAGACCCGAAUCCGGCCCUUCCGUCAAGAAAUUCCACGAGGCCGGUGUCAGCGUUCAUAUGCUGACCGGUGACCAUCCCGAGACUGCCCGUGCCAUAGCCCUUGAGGUUGGCAUUCUGCCCACACGCAUGAAUGAGAUUUCAGCGAGCGUCGCGAACACGAUGGUCAUGGCUGCCCACGACUUUGACAAGCUCACAGACGACGAAAUUGAUAAGCUGCCCAACCUCCCCCUGGUCGUCGCUCGCUGUGCGCCCCAAACCAAGGUUCGCAUGAUCGAGGCCCUUCACCGACGUGAGCGCUUUGUAGCCAUGACAGGCGACGGUGUCAACGACUCUCCCAGUUUGAAGCGCGCUGACGUCGGUAUCGCCAUGGGUGAAAGCGGCUCUGAUGUUGCUAAGGAGGCGUCCGAUAUUAUUCUGACCGACGAUAACUUUGCAUCCAUUCUCAAUGCCGUCGAGGAAGGCCGUCGCAUGUUUGACAACAUCCAGAAAUUCGUCCUGCACGUGUUGGCAUGUAACGUCGCCCAAGCCCUGACGCUUCUCAUCGGCUUGGUCUUUAAGGAUGACAGCGGUCUUUCCGUGUUCCCCCUUGCUCCUGUCGAGGUCAUGUGGAUCAUCAUGAUUACCUCUGGUCUUCCUGAUAUGGCGCUCGGUUUCGAGGUCGCUGCUCCGGACAUCAUGGACCGACCACCCCAAGAUAUGAAAAUUGGUGUCUUCACCUGGGAACUCAUGCUCGACAUGCUGGUCUACGGUGUCUGGACUGCUGCGCUCUGCCUUGCCUCUUUUGUCCUCGUCAUGUUCGGCUGGGGCAAUGGCCAGUUUGGCAGUAACUGCAACAACACCUACUCGGAAGAGUGCGAUACCGUGUUCCGCGCCCGCGCAACCUGCUUCGCAAGCUUGACCUGGUUCGCCCUCUUCCUCGCCUGGGAGAUGGUCAACAUGCGCCGCUCCUUUUUCCGCAUGCAGCCAAAGAGCACAAAGUACUUUACCCAGUGGUUCUGGGAUACCUGGCGCAAUAAGCUCCUCUUCUUCGCCAUCCUCGUCGGUUUCAUCACCAUUUUCCCUCUGACCUACAUUCCCGUCCUCAACACCAAGGUGUUCAAGCAUGCACCUAUUACAUGGGAGUGGGGCAUCGUCUUCGUCGGUGCCGUGCUCUUCUUCAUGGGCGUGGAGGCGUGGAAGUGGGCGAAGCGCGUCUACUUCCGCCGCGUGGCGCACAAGGCCCACGGCGGCACCAAGGACCUUGAGAGCCGCGUGUUUGGCCACUACUAUACCAUUGGCGGCGUUGCGCUUGAUUCCUCGCCUACACUCGGCAGCCGGACGAUUACGAACGAGAAGGAGAUGCGAGAGCAGGGUGGCAACGGGUACUCCAGUGGGGGUAGCCGAUGA